UUUGACCCCGGCGGCGUUCCGUACCGUCGCGGACCCGGCGGCAGGAACAUGGCGGCCGCGGUCGGGCCGGUAACGGAGAAAGUUUCCAACGAGACUGGCCUGUGUUAGUGCCGGUGGCCUCGGGCCCUCGACACCCCCCCUCCUCCGGCGUGCCACCUCCCAGAUCCGAGUCGCCAGCUCAGCCCCAAGGGCCCUCCCUUUACUGUGUUGGCCCCAGAGCCGACUCCGGGGUUGAGAGCGUUGGUGGCGGCGGCCGAGUCAGAUCACGAUAAACAAAAAUUCCACCAGAGGAAAUGCUGAAAUAGGAGUUACGGAUACGUUGGAUUUGCUGGAUGAAAAACAAGCAGUUAAUUUUUGUACCACAGGGAGAAAGCCCAAAUUGCCAGAUUACAUGUGUAAAUCACUGCGUUACUGCUUUAGUCAUUGUCUGUAUUUAGCAAUGACAAGGCUGGAAGAAGUCAACAGAGAAGUGAAUAUGCAUUCUUCAGUGCGUUAUCUUGGCUAUUUAGCCAGAAUCAAUUUAUUGGUUGCUAUAUGCUUAGGUCUUUAUGUAAGAUGGGAAAAAACAGCAAAUUCCUUAAUUUUGGUAAUUUUUAUUCUUGGUCUUUUCGUUCUUGGAAUUGCCAGCAUACUCUAUUAUUAUUUUUCAAUGCAAGCAGCAAGUUUAAGUCUCUCCAAUCUUUGGUUUGGAUUCUUGCUUGGCCUCCUAUGUUUUCUUGACAAUUCAUCCUUUAAAAAUGAUGUGAAAGAAGAGUCAACCAAAUAUUUGCUUCUAACUUCCAUAGUACUAAGGAUAUUAUGCGCUUUGGUGGAGAGAAUUUCUGGGUAUGUCCGUCAUCGACCCACUUUACUAACCACAGUUGAAUUUCUGGAACUUGUUGGAUUUGCUGUUGCCAGCACAACUAUGUUGGUGGAGAAGUCUCUGAGUGUCAUUUUACUUGUUGUAGCUUUGGCCAUGCUGAUUAUUGACCUGAGAAUGAAGUCUUUCUUAGCUAUUCCAAACUUAGUUAUUUUUGCAGUCUUGCUGUUUUUCUCCUCAUUGGAAACUCCCAAAAAUCCAGUUGCUUUUGCAUGUUUUUUUAUCUGCCUGAUAACUGACCCUUUCCUUGACAUUUAUUUUAGUGGACUUUCAGUGACUGAAAGGUGGAAACCCUUUUUGUACCGUGGAAGAAUAUGCAGAAGACUUUCAGUCGUUUUCACAGGAAUGAUUGAGCUUACCUUUUUUAUUCUUUCAGCAUUUAAACUUAGAGAUACUCACCUCUGGUAUUUUGUAAUACCAGGCUUUUCCAUUUUUGGAAUUUUCUGGAUGAUUUGCCAUAUUAUUUUUCUCUUAACUCUUUGGGGAUUCCAGACCAAAUUAAAUGACUGCCAUAAAGUAUAUUUCACCCACAGGGUAGAUAACAAUAGCCUUGAUAGAAUCAUGGCAUCCAAAGGGAUGCGUCACUUUUGCUUAAUUUCAGAGCAGUUAGUUUUUUUUAGUCUUCUUGCAACAGCGAUUUUAGGAGCAGUUUCCUGGCAGCCAACAAAUGGAAUCUUCUUGAGCAUGUUUCUGAUAGUUUUACCAUUGGAAUCCAUGGCUCAUGGACUCUUCCAUGAAUUGGGUAACUGUUUAGGAGGAACAUCUGUUGGAUAUGCUAUUGUGAUUCCCACCAACUUCUGCAGUCCUGAUGGUCAGCCAACACUUCUUCCCCCAGAACAUGUACAGGAGUUAAAUUUGAGGUCUACUGGCAUGCUCAAUGCUAUCCAGAGAUUUUUUGCAUAUCAUAUGAUUGAGACCUAUGGAUGUGACUAUUCCACAAGUGGACUGUCUUUUGAUACGCUACAUUCCAAACUGAAAUCUUUCCUUGAACUUCGGACUGUGGAUGGACCUAGACAUGAUACGUAUGUUUUGUAUUACAGUGGGCACACCCAUGGCACAGGAGAGUGGGCUCUUGCAGGUGGAGACAUACUGCGCCUUGACACACUUUUAGAAUGGUGGAGAGAAAAGAAUGCCUCCUUCUGUUCUCGCCUUAUUAUCGUAUUAGACAGUGAGAAUUCAACUCCGUGGGUGAAAGAAGUGAGAAAAAUCAAUGAUCAGUACAUUGCGGUGCAAGGAGCAGAGAUGACAAAGACCAUAGAUAUUGAAGAAGCUGACCCACCACAGCUGGGUGACUUUACAAAGGACUGGGUAGAAUAUAACUGCAACCCCAGUAAUAACAUCUGCUGGACUGAAAAGGGACGCACUGUGAAAGCAGUCUACGGUGUGUCAAAGCGGUGGAGUGACUACACUCUGCAUCUGCCAACAGGCAGCGAUGUGGCCAAGCACUGGAUGUUACACUUCCCUCGUAUUACAUAUCCACUGGUGCAUUUGGCAAAUUGGUUGUGCGGUCUGAACCUUUUUUGGAUCUGCAAAAGUUGUUUUAGGUGUUUGAAAAGAUUAAAAAUGAGUUGGUUUCUUCCUACUGUGCUGGACACAGGACAAGGUUUCAAACUUGUCAAAUCUUAAUUUGGAACCCAAAGUGGAAUAUUAUUGAGAGUUCAUACUACCAGUUACCACCAACUUGCCAUUUUUUGUAUAUGGUUUUUUUAUUUGUGAAAAACACCUUGCUACUUCUGUAGCUGCUCUCACUUUGUCUUUUCUCAAGUAAUUAUGGUGUAUGUAAGAUGUUGGGAGUAAGCAUUUUAUCCUACAAGUAUGUAAGGAGUCGUAAAUGCUGAUGCCGUGUAAAUGCAUCACAGAGGUUAAAAAUAACUGCACUUUGAGGAAUGUUUGCAUAUGCCUCUGAUUAGAAAGAAAACACUUGUCUAUGCUCUGCAGUGGCCAAUGAAGAAUUAAUAAUGCCUUAUUUUCUAGGCAUAGAUUAGAGACUGUAGACCAGACUGUUUACUACUAUAAGAAAAUUUCCAAUUUGCUUACAAAAAGAUUUUUUUUUUGUCAACAGGUUUGAGUCCAAGACUAUUUGAAGAAUUACAAACUCUUUCUUAAAAAAGGAUAAAGGGAGAAGCCUGAAAUGAGUGCAAAAAUUUGCUUAUAGUCUACCAUUCAGAUGUCUUGGUUGUGGCCUAUUACCAGUGUAGUAGUAAAGCCCAAAAGACUGUUGAGAUCAAAACAUUCUUCCUGUAGGUAACUGUAAGAGGCUAGAAGCCUACAAAUCGCUCCUUCCUGCAUUGUUGGGGUGGAGGGAGGGGCUCUGAAAGCACUGGCAAUUUUAAGAGUCUUUCUCAGGGUAAUGUUUUAAUGAACAAUGUUUCCCGCUACAAAUUCCUUCCAAAUAAAUUGUCUUCCCUUUCAAAAAGUAAACUUUUUAAAAAUUUAGCAAUUUCUCAUUGAUUUAGGCUAUUUUCGCUAUUCAGAAAUGAUUUUGAUCUCUAUGGAAUUAAUGCUCUGCCAUGAAAAUUACCUUUCAGAUCUCUCAUUAGUGAUGACAUUUUUUUCUACUGAAGGUCAAAGGAUUGAAAACAGGUCAUUUUUUUUCUUGUAUACAUGUAAUGUAUUAUGUAAAAAAAGUAUUCGUGUUGGCAAUUUUAGUUAGGCAUGAUGGUGUGGUUGUAAUUUUUAAAACUUAAUUCAGUGUUUUGUCUGAUUAAAGCAGGCACUGAUCAGGGUAUCCCCUAAGAGGUAAUUUACCCCCUGUUCCCUUCUAGUAAUCCUUACAUUCUAAAUUUUCAUAUCUGAGAAAUAACAAGAGGGGAGUAGAAGUAAAUUAGGGGAUAAUCUAAUCUUUGUUGUUUAAAGUGUGACUUCUCACCACUGAAGCCAUUUUUCUAGCCUCAGAGAGAGGACCUAAUGCCUCUACCAUUUUCUACCUGGUGACUUGAACAUUGAAGUUUUUGUUAGGUAGAAGUCACUUAGUGUCAGGGACCUCGUAUACUACUAUCUAUGCAGCCUUGUUACAGUCUGAUGAUUUCUGUGUUUUGAAUAUGAUUUUCCUAAUGCUUUGAAUAAAAUUUUAAAAAUUAAUUUUUCAUGUAAUGUGCAAAAAAAGUUACUGAAUAAUUUUAAUAUAUUAAAAGUGAUAGUCAUAAAAAAUGCCCAUGUGUUAUUAGAGUUCAUGGUUGGUAGCAGGUUGAUUUGAAAUUUUCCAAUAUUUGGUUACAUAUUCAUAUCAACAUUAUCCAAAUGAAAUAGUUUAAUGUUUCAUUACUAUUCAGAAUUAGUAUAGCAGAAAAGUCAAGUGUUAAAAUUAUGAGCUUAUAGCUACAAAAAUAUUAGUAUUAAGUAAAAUCUUUUAAGUUUCCAAGCCAAUAUUGAGCAAAUUAGCUUUAAUUAAAGGAUAUAUCUUUACUCUGAGAAAGCCAAAUAUAAAGGUAUAUUCUGCAUUUUUUAUAAAGUAGUAUUAAGAUGGUACUAACAAUCAGAUUCAAAGGUAGCAGACUUUACAGCCACAAAGCUAAUGUUCUGAUAAUUCAUUUUCUAUGACCAGAAAAGUUCUGAGCUAAAAAUGUGAUUCAAGCCAAUUAAUAACCACAAAGUUACAGAAUAUCCACUUCGAUGAAUUCUCCUCCCAAACAAAAAACUAUGAAAUGACAAGAGGUGGCAUCCUAAAUUAAAGCAGCCAUUUUAAAACAGUAAAGUAACUGACAGAAUAUAAUAUGGAGAAAGAACAUUAUAGGAGAGAUAAAUUGAUUGGUUACUCUAACUUAAAGAUUAAAAACUAGAUCUGACAGUAAGGAUAAUUUUCUUAUGGCUUUCAUUUUAUAUACCAUAUGUUUACAAAGGAGUUACUGGGAGUGAUAGGAAUACUUUAGGGCAAAACUUUAUCACCCCACUAAAAAAUAGUUAACAUGGAGAUGUUUUUCAACAUAAUGUUGAUUUAAUUUGUUUUCUUAUAUAUCUUGCUGAAACCAGAAAAACCCCACCCCCUAAAAACAUCUUUUAAAAAACUAUAUACUGUUCCAUGAUGAAUUAACGAGCCAAGUUCUUUCUCUUCCUAUAAUUUUUCAGUUAGGCUAUUAUUUCAUUAAGAAUUUUUGUUUUAGUUUGCUCUGACUAAAUUCUUCUUCCCUGGGAUAUUUGGAUUUGUCUUUGCGUAGCUUUCUAUCUUGCUCUUCUUAAUACAGAAUUGUACAGAAGACCAUUUUUAUGACCAGUGUUUUCAUAAGUUUAUUAAAAGUUGCAUUGCUAAUUAAAAUGCAUUUAUAUUGAAUGCAUUAGUGGGUAGAUCUUUUUUAACUAAAAUCUUCAUUAGAAUCUAUUUGUAACUUAAAUUAGAAUCUAUUUGUAACUCUACAUUUUGUUUGUAAGUUUGGCCUAAAUAUAUUUGCUAUUGUGGGUACUGCCUUUUUAUAUGUAUUCUUUGCCAUUUAGAGUUGUCUCCUUUAAAGUAACUUUCCACAUUAUCUUUCCACAGAGGAUAGCUAACAUUAUGUAUGCCAGAAGAAAAUGGUUUGAUUUUAAGAAAGUUGUUAGGUAUAUUUCAUAGUGAAUGCUCAAAGGAGUUAGAUCUGUCAUUACUUUUGACCAUCUCCACUAUUGGAAACACACUAGAUCUUCCUCCCUUUUCAGGCAGAAACACACAUGUUGGUAUUUCUGGUGUACAAUUACCCAGAAGAGUGCCUUGCCCCAUAAUAGGAGGUAGUAAAAGAAUAUUUUUGACUGAGUGAAUUUAGAAUCCUAAGGAGAAAUUGGAAUAACUCGAUUGUAAAUUACUUCAUUUUCUUUAUAAUUUUAAAUGGAUAUUAUUUCAAGAUCCUCAUUAAAUUAAUUACUAAAGACUAUUACAGAAUCAGUAAAAGGAAAACAUCUCACAUUUUUUAAAACAUUUUUAUUAAGUAAACACCAUGCCCAACAUGGGGCUCAAACUCACAACCCCAAGAUCCAGAGUCCCAUACUCUUUACUGACUGAGCCAGCCAGGUGCCCCAAACAUUUCACAUUUUUAAAAAGUAGUGCCAGGAUUAAAGAAGGAAAAACUCAGGUUUCAAUGAAAAUAUAGCUCAUGUCACAAAAAAGAUAGCUUUUUGUUGGUUGAGUUCAUUUUCAUCAGACUCCGAUGAUAUUGAAUCUUUCAUUGAUUUCCCAUUAGAAACAUAGACAAAUUGGAGACUUAUCACAAAUGGAAAUUAUUAAAAGACAGUGAUGAACAAAGAAGAAAGUUGGCUAUGCUCAUCAGUGACAACUAGACUAUAAAGUCAGAAAAAAUUGGCCUAUAAACAUAAAAAGAUUGAGAACAAGCUAGGGAAACUACAAGUAUCUCACUUUGGGGGGAUCUUCCCUAUUUACUAGUUAUAAUACAUCAAGUAUGAAACAAUGACAUUUAAGUAGUAAUUGCUUUGAGCAACUUUUGUUGACAGCAAUUUACAUUUAUGUGUAUUAGGAAGUACUGUUGCUAUUAUUAUUCUUACUUAGACCAAAGCUGAUUUGAAAUUGAAAUCUGUAGGUUCAUCACUAGGUUUUUAAAUAUUAAUACAUAAAAACCAUUUUGAUUAAAAAAUAAAAUUGACCAGUCAUCUUGUGUGAUGACCUCACAGCAUUUUAUAGGUAUUAACUUAAAAAUAUUAGAAUAAGUAGACAGUUUUAGUAAAUUUUUGUUGUUACUGUUUGGUCUGUACCUAUAAAAACUGAUCUAUCCCAAACUGAAGAUUUCUUUUUUUAAAGAUUUAUCUGUCAGAGAGAGAGAGCACACAAGCAAGGGGAGAAGCAAGCUCCCUGUUGAGCAAGGAGCUGGAUGAGGGACUCGAUCCCAGGACUCUGGGAUCAUGAACUGGGCUGAAGGCAGACGCUUAACCGGCUGAGCCACCCAGGCAUCCCCCAAACUGAAGAUUUUUAGUAGUAUGCCAAGGAUUAGAGAGGAAAAUGGUGUAUCUUCCUAGGCCAGCAAUGUUUACUCCAUGUAAAGUAAAAGUAUUUUUAUAUCAAGAUAUACCAAUGUACUGAUAAGCAGGAUUUACAUUAAUUUUUAGCGUAAGUCAGAAGAUUUUAAAGCAAUUUUAUUUUUGUAGCAGGUCAUUUGUUCUAUCCUUCCAACCCCAGGACAUUGAAGAAAACCCUAAUAGUGGAUGUUAAUGACACUCUAUAGAGAAUUUUUUUUUUUUUUUUAAAGAAAUCCUUUGUCUUCUGGCUUAGAAAUGCAAAUAGCACAAUGAAUUUUCUCAAAACAAAUAAUUUUGUUUCUAUAUAUAUGAAAUUUCAGAUGGAUGCCAUUUUAAUACAAUUUUAUAAUAGACAUUUCUAAGUUCUUUGGAGUCCUUACAUACAUUGAUUUCUUCUUCUACACAAGUAGGUACUGGUAAGGAAAAUGGGGUGAGGAUUUUAAUUUGUAAUCCAUAUCCACUAUAUCUCUUCUCCAACACCUAACCUUUGGAUUCCUUUCUACAUAAAGCAACUAAUUCAUCAAUAACAAUAAAAAUGACAAUGGCUAUCAUCUACUGAAUGUUUUUUUAUGUUCUAGGCACUGUGCAAAGUACUUCUGUAUACAUGAUUUCAUUAAAUCCUCACAACCACCUCUUAUGAUGGAUAUACUUCUUUGAAUGAA